AUGAAAGCUUUGAAGCGCACAUGCGAAGUCAUUUUGGUAAAAGCCAGAUGUAAAAUCGACUACUGUGAUAAAUCAUUUCGGAAUUAUCGUAACCUGCAAAGCCACUCACGAAUUCACACUGGCAUUAAGAAGUACCAGUGCCUCACCUGUGGCAAGAACUUUGCCUACCUCAAUGUCCUGAAGAACCAUGAACUAAUACACGCGGGUAUAAAAAAACAUGAAUGCCAUAUCUGUGACGCUAAGUUCGUUCAACAAUAUAAUUUGAAAACACAUUUAGACACUCACACAAAUCAAAAAAGAUUUAUAUGUGUCCAAUGUGGUAAAAAGUUCGCGCAGGCAAGCAAUCUCAAGAUACAUCUCAUGAGGCAUAGCGGUAUCAAGAAUAUAGCAUGUCAGCUGUGUGACAUGAGGUUUUAUGUUAAAAGUGACCUCUUCAAGCACAUGCGGUCGCAUUCAUCCGAGAAGCCAUUUCCGUGUGAAUUCUGAAAAACAUUCAAAAGUAAAAGUUUUUUAAAUGUACACUUACGGAGCCAUACAGGUGAACGUCCAUACGGAUGCGACAUGUGCCCGAAGAAGUUCAUGACGCGCAAGGACAUGCGCAACCACCGCAUGACGCACACGGGCGAGCGCCCGCACAAGUGCACGCUCUGCAACCGCGGCUUCAUACAGAAGUGCGCGCUCAACCGACACAUGAAGAGCCACGCCACCACCCUCGUCAGCGAGCACCUGCAGGACGACGGCCAGACCUCCAUAGCCAUCACCUACACGCGGUAUCAGUGAGGCACGACCCGUCAGCUCAACUGCAAUUCACUUGGCCUUGGAGUCUUGACCAUUCAUCUUUGCAUAUAGGCAUUGAACCUCCAUCAAUUAAUCGAUCAUGUGGUUGUUGGUUCUAUGUACAAUAGGAUACUCUGUAUAUACCCAACGAUGACUCAAUUAUUGCGAGGCUCUUACCCACAAAUCCUUGUGAAGCUAUUUUACCCGAUUGCCGAAAGAGAGCAGAAGAGAGAGGACUAAUGUAUUUUCUUUGUGGUUAUUACCUCUUGCAAGCACGAGACCCUGGGCAGUUGCCCUUGUUGCCACCUAUUAAGAGCGCUACUGUCGAUAUCUAUCCAGUAUGAGACAUAUACUAAGUUACGCCAGUAUUGAUUGUGUAUCUAAUUGGAACAAAGUGUGAAGAAAAUUGAAGAUAAUUUAAUUAUUCACAUUUAAGACGGUUAAAGAAUGAGCGUAAUAUAACUGCGCAUAGACUUGUAUAAUACGUACCUGAAUGCGCGUACACACAUUGAUAAAUACGAGCUUGUUUGAAUUUUCUCAAUGUAAAAUUGAUAUAAAUGUAUGGUUAUUGGUGAUGUAUUUAGAAAUCUUAAUGAAUCAUUUUUAUAUACCUAAAAUAACUU